AUGUCGACACAGCGGUAUGUUGUGAACCCUUUGCUUUCUCUAAAGAACCGGAGCUUGACGCCAGUUUGUGUCUUUGCUGCGGUCCUUUGGGUGUUCAUUAUCGCGGCGCACAGCGAUGAGGGCGACUUCAGCUCCAGGCAGCCUUCUCCAACACCGCGACAACCAGAGACCAGCCAAAACAUACAGUACAUGCUCGAGAUGUGA